GAGUGUCGUUCAACAAACUCUCUCGAGGCCGAUCCCUUCUUGCAUAAGUGCCCUGACCUGCCUUCAGUCGUUCACUCUGGUUGACUGCCAAUUGACGGGGUCAAUUCCAUCCUCCCUCUUCACCCUGCACACACUCACCAAGCUGGAGCUUGACGGCAAUGAUCUCUCUGGCUCUAUCUCUGCCAGUAUCAGCAGAUUGACCAACCUUGAACACCUCUCAAUUCAGGGAAAUAUGCUGGAUGGCUCAAUGCCUGUGGGAAUGUCAUGCUUGAAGAAGCUCAAUCUCCUAAAACUUAGCCACAACGCCCUCUCAGGGCCUCUUCCCCAGUUCGUUUCAUCUCUCACCAACCUUUGCACCUUGUCAUUGGACUUCAACAGUUUCAGUGGAAACCUGCCUGACUCCCUAGCCCAGCUGCAAGGACUGACAAGCUUGCACCUGGAGUACAACAGGUUUCAGGGCAGCCUCCCAUCGACACUUGGAGCCCUGUCCCAGCUACGUGACCUGGUGCUAGGCAGCAAUGACUUCUCAGGCACAAUGCCAUCUUCGAUUGCAAAUCUCAAGAACCUACAAUUGCUUUCCCUUCAAAGCCUGCGCGUUCAUGGCCUUGUGCCUCUCGCUCUCAGCUCUCUGCAGAAGCUCCAGUACCUGGAUCUCACUUCCAUGUUGCUGUCAGGACCCUUGGCUCCCAUCGUGACUCCCAUGACAAGCCUCAAGGAGCUACUGGUGGGCUACAACCAGUUCACAGGAGAUGUGCCCAUCCCAGCGUCCAAGGCCCUGACACUUGUUGACGUUCAAGGCAACUACUUCUCGUCUGCCCCCAUCCGCCCUAAGAACUGUUCUGCUAUCAGCCUCAUGCUCUACGAUAACUGUCUGCACACCUCCCUGUGCGGGGUGAACCAUCCGCAGAGGAGCAAUGCGAGCUGUGCUGCAUUCUGUGGAGUGGGGCAGGGCGGGGUUCUGUGCAGUGGGCAUGGGUACUGCUUCUUGAAUGACAGCAGCAGCAUGGGGGAGUGUGUGUGCGAUGCGCACUACUCCACUCGCAAUGACCCACACACAUGCACAUACACUGUUGACCCCGUGCUGGCCUCCUCUGCCGCCACCCCCAUGGUGCUGAGUGGCUCGGCGCUGACCUCUGCUGAUGGCGCGCUGCUGCUGACCCCCAAGGCCAACGCCACCUGGGGCACGGCCUUCACAGCCGCGCCUCUCCCCCUCUUCUCCUACUUCAACACCAAGGCCACAUGCGGUUACCAGCUCGCCUUCAACGCAUCCCUUGCCUUCUCGCUCGACCCGGAAGCGGAGGCGGGCGGGGAUGGGCUCGUGUUUGUCGUCUCUGCCGCGCUGCCAGACCGGCUGGGAGGGGUGGGGAGGCGGAGUGUGGCGGUGGAGUUUGACUCGGUGCUGAGUGUGAAGCACAGCGACCCCAACGACAACCACGUGGGCGUCAAUGUGGGCGGCUCACCUGUGUCCCUCGCCUCUGCCACGGCCCCUCUCAUCCUCAACGACGCCCACACCAAGCACGCCUGGAUCCACUACGACCCCACCAGCGCCGGCACCCUCCGAGUCUUCCUCUCCUCCGACCCCCACCAGCCCCCCACCCCCAUCUUGCGCGCUCGUGUGUCACUCUGCUCCAUCCUGCAGCCCAAGGCGUCCACUGCUGCAUAUUACAUCGGCUUUACUGCGGCAUCCACGUCUGCUCCACAAGCACACUCCGUCCUCAACUGGACUUUCACUGCAGUCCUGCUCCUUGUGAUGCUUAUUAAUCCUUCUGCUAUCCGUGCCACUCCGCUCUCGUGGUUGGCUGCUGUGGGUGCAGAUGUUCCGCUUAACCCGCACUUUGAUCCUUCGGACCUGGCGUUGGGGUUUGUGUUGGACGAGGACUCCUUCUCAUCGCAGGGCUUCAACGCAGCCUUCCACUACGCCAGUGCGGGCUUCGACCCCGCGCAGGACAACAGCCCUGCCUGGACUCUCAAGUCCUUCAGCACCUGGGUCUUGCCUGAAUCCGCCUGGCCUGUCAAGAACCAACGGGGCUGCGGCGAUUGUUGGGCAUACGCAGUUGUGGCGGCGGUGGAGGCAGCCCACAGAAUUGCGAGCAACUCGCCGCGGCCCCCCGUGUUGUCGGUGGAGCAGCUUCGCCUCGCCCUCUCCUCCAACUGCGACGGUGGCUCGCCCACCAAGGCGCUGCAGUUCCUCCUCAACGCCACCGCCCAGGGCAAGGGCUUGGUGGAGCAUGCGGUGUACUCCCAGCAAAUGACCCUUCAAAGAAGAUCAUUGGCUAGCACCAAGUACUAUGGCAUCCGGGGCAUCGAGCGCACGGGGUUCUACGGGUGGUUUGGACUGAUGCUCGCGGUGCAGCGCCAGCCUGUUAUUGUGCACAUCGAGGCGUCCGCACCCUCCUUCCAAGACUACGAUGGGAGAGGCAAGUACGCGGACGAGGAGUGUUUCAGCAACCACCUGAACCACGUGGUGCUGGUGGUGGGCUACCUCUCCGCAGGCUCCGACCCCUCCACCUCUGUGCCGCCGCCCUUCUGGAUCAUCCGCAAUUCAUGGGGCACAGCGUGGGGCGACCAGGGCCACAUGCGCAUGGACAUUCGCAGUGGCGACGGCAUCUGCGGCAUCAACACUCUCCCGGGCCUCUUCCCCGUCGUCAGAAGCAGUGCUGAUCCGUGUGGGUCACGCUCCUUCCAGUACAGCACUCAAGGCCCUGUCUUCAACCCGUGUGGGCGGUAUAACUGCAGCAAGAAGGGCACCAGCAAUCGCUGCAAGUGCACUGACGCCCGCUUUGCUCAAGUCAAGAACACCGAUGGCUCGUACACCUGUGCCUAUGUGGACGUGUGUGGGUCCAGCAGUCGCAACCCGUGUGUGGUGGGCACGUGUGUGAACGAUGGCAAGGGCAGCUACUCCUGUGUGUGUCCGCCGGGGUUCAUCCAGGGCACCACCCUCGCCAACACCGCCUCCUGUGCUCCGGGGGAUGCAGGGGGGGUGUACACGGUGCAGCAGAGCAACGUGUGGUGCUCCCAUGUGCAUCCCAUAUUCGCCCUCACACUGGACCAGUUCACGCAGCAGAACAAGGGCAUCGUCUGCUCGGCUCCUCUGCGCCUCAACGCAACCCUGCUUGUCAACUCCACAGUGCAACCCUGCUCUGUCUUCUACACCACCUUGAUCGGCGACACGUGCACGGGGGUGGCACGGCAGGUGGAGCUGUGUGGGGCGGCGGCGUCGGAUGCGGAGUGUGAGGCGGCAUUUCAGGCGCUCAACCCCGCUGUCAACUGCUCCUCCCUCAGCCCCUCCCAGGCCGUGUGCCUGGAGAGGGACCCCGCCAAGGCGAAUGUGACGGUGGUGUGCGACCAGUACUACCGGGCGCGCCUCAGCGACACGUGCGACAGCAUCAGGCAGCUGGCGGAGCCUCCUCUCAGCCCCGUGGCCUUCUACCGCCUCAACCCCGGCGUCAACUGCAACCAGCUCAUCCCCCUCAAAAACUACUCCCACUCCACCACCACCUUUGGCGCUGAGGUGUGCAUUGGCAGCGUGACCAACUUCACAGCGGGUAUCUGUUCGAGGACCAGCACAUACACCAUCUCACCGGGGGAUGACUGCAAGUACAUCAACGUCAAGUACUUCUACAGCAUCAAGGGCUGCUACAGGCGAAUGAAUGGGUAUGAAUGUGUGGAUAAGUUAAGACCUGGGGUGAAGAUUUGCACGCCAAGUGCAAACAAGGCUCGAAUUGGGACUUGCAGCAUCUGA